AUGGCGGUUUCUAGAAGCCUCCGAGCCCUGGCUGGGGGCUGUCUCGGGCUCUUCGCGUCUCUCCCGCUCCUGAUGUCGGCUGCUGCCCUCCAGGCCGCGGGGAUCCCUGAGCCCCCCGCCUGUGGCAAGCGCCAGCAGCUGAACCGGAUCGUGGGCGGCCAGGACAGCGUGGACACAGAGUGGCCGUGGGUUGUGAGCAUCCAGAGAAAUGGCACCCACCACUGCGCGGGCUCCCUGCUCAGCCCCCGCUGGGUGGUCACCGCCGCCCACUGCUUCAAGGGCCAUCUGAGCAAGCUGUCCCUGUUCUCCGUGCUGCUGGGGGCCUGGCAGCUGGGGAACCCCGGCCCGCGGUCCCAGGAGGUGGGCGUGGCCUGGGCGCUGCCCCACCCCGUGUACUCCUGGAAGGAAGGGGCCCGAGCGGACAUCGCGCUGGUGCGCCUGGAGCGGCCCGUGCAGUUCUCUGAGCGAGUGCUGCCCAUCUGCUUGCCGGACUCCUCCGUGCACCUCCCCGCCGGCACCGACUGCUGGAUCGCAGGCUGGGGGAGCAUCCGCGAAGGAGUGCCCCUGCCCCACCCGCAGACCCUGCAGAAGCUGAAGGUGCCCAUCAUCGACUCAGACGUCUGCAGCCGCUUGUACUGGCGGGGAGCCGGGCAGGGCGCCAUCACGGAGGACAUGCUGUGUGCAGGCUACCUGGAGGGGGAGAGGGACGCCUGCCUGGGUGACUCCGGGGGCCCCCUGAUGUGCCAGGUGGACGACGCCUGGCUGCUCGCCGGCAUCAUCAGCUGGGGAGAGGGCUGCGCGGAGCGCGACCGGCCGGGCGUCUACACCAGCCUCCCUGCCCACCGCUCCUGGGUGCAGAGGUUCGUGCAGCGGGCGCAGCUCCGCGGGCCCAGGGACUCGCCAGUCCGCGCUCGGCGGUAA